CAAACUGCGCCUGCGCACGGUCUCGUUGGCUGCCUCGCCUCAGGCAUGGCGCGCCUCCUGCUGGCAGGAGGCUAAAGUGCGAGUGAUGGUACACUGUAUUACACUUUGCGGAAAGAAGAAGACAAGCAUAAAUGAAAAUUUAUAAAGAUAGUUAAAUGAAUGAAAAUUGUUAUUUCGUACCAAUCAAUUAACUACUUGGUCCUCGUCAUCGUCAUCUGAUUGGCUGCAGCUGUGUCAAGUUGUGUAGCAGGUCACGUGGUUGUGCAACGAUGGAGGAGUUCGCAUUGGAACGAUACUUUUAUGAUUCGAUCGCAAAUGACUCCUGCCUCGUGGUGGGGGAGGAGCUGGGCCUUCACAGCCCCACCCACCUACUUCCAGGCCCCGCCUCUACAAGUCAGGACUCCACCCACCAGUCGACAAAAGCUGGGCCCGGCCGAGAGCUGGCGGACGAGCUGGACCUCAGCUUUCUUCCUGACGAGCUUGGGGCGCAGGACGAUGCAGGUGUCCACACGUCUCACCACAGCGGCAUUGGGCUGGACUUCCCUUCCCAGAUUUCCUCUGUUACCCCAAAUAAACCCUCGCAUGAGUCACCUACGGCCGGCCCCUCCCUUUUCUGCCCCAUGACGCCCAUGGCCCCCAUGACUCCUAUGACGCCGGUGACCGAGAGGUCAGGAAUCGUCCCUCAGCUGCAGAACAUCGUUUCCACUGUCAACCUGGGCUGUCCUCUAGACCUCAAGUUCAUCGCUCUUCAAGCCAGGAAUGCCGAGUACAACCCCAAGCGUUUUGCUGCCGUCAUCAUGAGGAUCCGCGAGCCCAGAACCACAGCACUGAUCUUCAGCUCAGGGAAGAUGGUCUGCACCGGAGCAAAGAGCGAGGAGCAGUCUCGACUGGCGGCCAGAAAGUAUGCCCGCGUGGUGCAGAAGUUGGGUUUCUCGGCUCGCUUCCUGGACUUCAAGAUCCAGAACAUGGUGGCCAGCUGCGACGUCUGCUUCCCCAUCCGACUGGAGGGACUGGUUCUGACCCACCAGCAGUUCAGCAGCUACGAACCCGAGUUGUUUCCGGGCCUCAUCUACCGGAUGGUGAAGCCUCGAAUCGUCCUGCUUAUCUUCGUGUCGGGGAAGGUGGUCCUGACCGGAGCCAAAGAACGCAGCGAGAUCUACGAAGCCUUUGAGAACAUUUAUCCCAUCUUAAGAGGCUUCCGGAAGCAGUGACAUCACUUCCUGUUUCUUUGUAAAUAGAUGUGCAUUGGGUUUGAUGACAAAUAAAUUAAACCCUACCGCUGCGUUUUAGAGCUUAACGUAAAUAUUUUCAACAUGAUUAUUUAUUUAUACAUAAUCCAACCUGUUUUCAUACCUCAAAAUAUUAAUUUUCAUAUAUUAAAAUACUUAUUUUCAGACCUCAAAAUAUCUAUUUUCAUAUCUCUAAAUAAUUGUUAUACCUCAACCAACGUAUUUCCAUAUCUCAAAAUAUUUCUUUCCAGACCUCAACAUAAUUAUUUUAUUCCUCAAAGUAUCUCUUUUUAUAUCUCAUCCCUC